GAGCACACGACAUCUCUACCAACUCAUUACAUCUCCGCCAUGUCGCUCGAGCAGUCCUUCCGCCGGCUCGCAAUCCGCAGCAAACCCAUCUGCCAGCAAUGCCGCCGCUCUUUCGCGACAUCACCGGCGACGAGGCAGCAGAGCAACGCAACGGCCGCCGUGGCUGACCUCUUCUCCAACAGCGCAUCGCAAUCCACAAAAACGGCGACUGCCUCCCGCCCAAGCCCCGCUGCCAUCGCCAGCACUCCCUCCUCCGAAUCUCCCACCGAAUCGCCCAACUUUACGCUGGCCCGAUCUGCGAUUCAGCUGGCAGGUGAAGCACGUCGCCUGCAAGUGCAACGACAACUUGCCCUCGACACGGAGCGCGGCUGGAACAGGCAAGAUUUGGAACGACAAGCGGCGCAUCGCAAAUGGAAGGCCGGUGAUGUUUACGCUCCACAUGAUUUGACUGGCAUUGAAAUGGCAAAAUGGAAGAAGCUGCGGAGGAGGUCGAAGCCCAAGUAUGAUGUGGUGGAUCAGCUGAAUUUGAAGCCCAUUGAUUUAUACAAGAACUUCUCCAUCAUGAGCGAGUAUGUUUCGGAGAUGGGCAGGAUUAAGCACAGCAAUGAGACAAAUCUGCGGCCCGUGAAUCAGAGGAGGAUGGCAAAGGCUAUUCGCAGGGCGAUUGGAGUGGGUAUCUUGAUGCCGAGCACGCAUCGUCAUCCUGAAAUUCUGCGGAUCGAAAAUAAGACUGGGGCGAGAGGAUAUUGAAUGCAGAGUAGGGCAAGGGGGAGUUGAAGACGAAUGCAACGAAACUGCAGCGCGGAUGUCGGAGGCCGGAAGAGGCCUGAUGGGCGAGGGAUACUGUACGAAAUGGAAAAGAGCCAGAAGCGCUGAGCAAUGUACGAUUAUCUGGGAACGUCGGUCGCUGCAUGCAGCCACAGGAGCAUGUCUCGUUGCCACGAGAGGCAGCGUGGGCUAUCUUGGGUGCAUUCAGCAUAGCAGCCCCGUCAUGGAGGAUGUUGGCGACAGACAUGGACUGCAUCGAUCAAUUCUCCGCUGAUAAAGAUCUCUCAUUUGGUCUGAGAGGGUUCACUGAUCGGCACCUUCAGAUGCCCUUUGCUCAGAAGUUAUCUGUCCGCCCACAUAUAUCGGCGCCUCAAGAUGGAACAUUCUGCUCUGGCCGCGCACCCGUUAGAACAGGAAGCACGAACAACGGCAGCGCUGCAAAUGCAGAGAGCUCAUGAGAGCGACUACGGGACCAAUGAAGAUGCUUGAUGAAUAACCGCUCGUCGUCGCACUUGCACAUCUCGCGUUGCGCAAUACCAGUGCCAAUGGUGAUCAGAAACAAAGCCUUGGCAGGCAGAGCAACCACAUGUCCUCCACUUCACUCCAGUCUGUGACACAGACAACGCACUCGCCACUCAGUUUACUGAUCAUUCGCCCAUAUUAUUCAUCGCCCAGCUGUAUCUAGAGCUUCAACGAUCUGCAACAACCUCCAGCGGGCAAGCGGAAAGCUGCGCAUUCGCAAAGUCUAAACAACCACGAGCGGAGGCUGACAUCGUCAUGUGCGCC